AUGUCUCCCUCAAGGAAAAAGAAAUGUUUAAGGUCAAUUCAAAACCGAGAAAGGAAAAGAAUCGCGACUUCUCGGGAAAACGAAAAUCAAGAAUUUCAUCAACAACGGCAAGUGUUUAACAGCCAAAGAAUGCCCAAUUUAAGAGCAUCGGAAACGGACGAGGAAAGACGAAAUAGACGAGUUUCUAACAGCCAAAGAAUGUCAAUUUUAAGAGCAUCGGAAACGGAGGAGGAAAGACGCAAUAGACGUGCAUCUAACAGCCAAAGAAUGUCCACUUUAAGAACUUUGGAAACUAUUGAUCAUCGCCAAUUAAGGCAAUUAAAUAAUGCGAUGAGGAUGUCAAACACAAGAAAUAAAAUCUGGAGACAAAAAGAAAAUUCUGCAUUUGCAUAUGAUUCCAAUAUUUCUUACGAAUGUGAUUCUCUAAUUGAAAUUGGUCGAAUGGUUAUUGAAUGCAGUUUCUGCAAGGCUCUUAAAUGGAAAGGCGAAUCCAGUAGCAUGUGCUGUAAUAAUGGUAAAAUUCAAAUUCCUUUGCUACAAACACCUCGAGAACCACUCCUCACGCUUCUCUCGACCGAUUCUCCUGAUGCAAUUAAUUUUCAAACUAACAUAAGAAGAUAUAAUUCAUGUUUUCAAAUGACUUCAUUCGGUUCAGGACGAGAAAUUAGAGAGCUAGGUUUUAUGCCAACAUUUAAAGUUCAAGGACAAGUGUACCAUAGAAUAGGUAGUUUGCAGCCACAACCAAAUGAGGAGCCAAAAUUUCUUCACGUUUAUUUCGUUGCUGAUAAAGAACAACAGGUUGAACAGCACUGCAGGAAUGUGAAUGACAUAAAACCAGGAAUAGUGUCGCAACUACAAGAAAUUCUACAUCAGCAUAAUAGUUAUGUUCGAAGUUUUAAAUGUGCAAUGGAAAAAAUCACGCCAGAAAUGAAAAUUGUCAUUCAUGCAGAUAAAGUACCCUCCGGUGAACAUGAAAGAAAAUUCAAUGCUCCGACAAUAUCAGAAGUUGCAAUUAUCUUAGCUGGCGAUAAACAUGGCAGUCGUGAUAUUUCGUUAGAGCUGAGGAGUAAUGAAAUAAAAAAGAUAGCGGAAACUCAUCGCGCGUACGAUGCAUUACAAUAUCCAUUAAUAUUUUGGCAAGUUGAAUGGCAGAAGCGUGGACUUCCACAUGCACAUAUUCUUCUGUGGUUUCAGGAAAAAUUUUAUGCUCAUAAGAUUGAUGACCUAAUUACUGCUGAAUUGCCAAAUCCUGAAACGGAUCCAAUAUUAUACAACGUUGUUAAGACACAGAUGAUACAUGGGCCCUGUGGGAGUAUUAACCCUCUGUCACCAUGUAUGAAGGAUGGAAAAUGUACAAAAAGGUAUCCAAGAGAUUUUUUAAAAGAAACACAAACAGGUCACGAAGGAUAUCCACAUUAUCGUAGACGGAAACCUGAAGACGGAGGUCAAGUAACAAUAAAGAAAGUUCGUGGCUCUGAGGUUGUGAUAGAUAAUCGAUGGAUUGUUCCUUUUUGUCCAUUGUUAUCAAGAGCACUCAAUGCACAUAUUAACGUCGAAUAUUGCAGUUCUAUAAAAUCUAUCAAAUAUGUGUGCAAAUAUAUAAACAAAGGUUCUGACAUGGCUAUAUUUAAUUUAAAAAAUAAUGACAUUCAGCAUGACGAAAUUCAAACGUAUGAAAUAGGAAGAUAUCUCAGCAGCAAUGAAGCAGUUUGGUGGAUAUUCGGGUUUCCUAUUCACGAAAGGCAUCCCACUGUUGUUCAUUUAAGUGUGCAUCUUGACAAUGGUCAGAGAGUUUACUUUACAGAAGAAAAUGUUUUAGAACGAGUGCAAGCUCCACCAGAAACUACUUUAACUGCAUUUUUCUCUUUAUGUCAAAAUGAUGCAUUUGCUCGAUCUUUAUUGCAUCAUCAAGUGCCUAAAUAUUAUACAUGGAAUAAAAGCAACAAGAAAUGGGUUCCUAGGAAAUUUGGACAAGCUGUGCCUGAUCACCCAGGAAUUAAAUCAAGUGAUGCUCUUGGUCGUGUCUACACCGUUCACUCAAGUAAUUCGGAAUGUUUCCAUCUAAGAUUAUUGCUUCAUGAGGUUAUAGGCCCAACAUCUUUUUCUGAUUUAAAAACAUUUAACGGAAUUGUUUGUGAAACUUUCAAACAGGCUUGCGAACUGAGAGGGCUUCUGGAAGACGAUUCUCAUUGGAAAAGUACGUUAGAUGAAGCAGCUACAACGCAUUCAGGGCGAAUGUUGCGAGAUCUAUUUGCAGUUAUUCUUCACACUUGCUGCGUAUCUAAUCCUGUACAGUUAUGGAAUUUACAUAGAGAAAAUAUGUCAGAAGACAUUUUGCAUAAAACAAGAUUUACAGUUAAUAAUAUGGAUUUAGAUUACAAUGAUGAAAUAUUUAAUAGCGCUUUACUUGCUCUUGAAGAUAAAAUUAAAGCAUUGGGAGGUACAGAUUUAAAAGUCUUUGGACUUCCAGAGGUACACCGUGAUAUUAAUAACAGUUUAAAUUAUGAAAUAAUAAGAGAGACAUGUUACAACAUUCAUCAACUAACAUCAUAUAUUGAAACAAAUGAACCUAAUCUGACUGACGAUCAAAGACUUGCUUUUGAAAAAAUUACAUCUGCAGUUUUUACAGAAACUGGUGGUAUAUACUUUCUGGAUGCUCCAGGUGGAACACGUAAAACGUACCUAAUUAAUCUUUUAUUAGUAAAAAUUAGACAAAUGAAUCUAAUUGCUCUUGCAGUAGCUUCCUCUGGCAUUGCUGCAACUCUCUUGACGGGUGGAAGAACAGCUCAUUCAGUCUUCAAAUUACCAAUAAAUUUAUCGUUUGUUGAAAAUCCAGUUUGCAACAUCUCAAGAAGUUCAGAUAGAGCAAAAUUGCUUAAGAAAUGUAAAUUAAUUGUAUGGGCUGAAUGUGCAAUGGCACAUAAGUUGGCAUUGGAAGCUCUUAAUACAACUAUGCAAGAUAUUUUUCAAAAUAACAAGUGCAUGGAUGGCGUAACUCUGGUUUUAUCUGGUGAUUUUCGCCAAACUUUGCCUGUUAUUCCACGAGGCACAAAAGCAGAUGAAAUGAAUGCAUCGAUAAAAGCAUCUUAUAUUUGGAAAAAUGUUCAAAGAUUUGGAUUGAAAACGAACAUGAGAGUUCUUCUUACAGGUGACAUUUCCACCGAGCAAUUCGCUCAGAACCUACUUCAUCUCGGUAAUGGAACUAUGACAAUUGAUAGUGAAGGAUUGAUAACUUUGACAAAUAUUGGUAACAUAGUAGCAACAAUCGAAGAUCUUCAAGAUAGAGUAUUUCCAAAUAUCGAAAGUAAUUUUCGUGAUAUUAGUUGGCUAUGUGAAAGAGCUAUUCUUUCUCCAACGAAUGAGGGAGUUAAGACGAUAAAUUACUAUCUGUUAAGAAAAUUACCAGGUGAAAUUCAAAUAUUCAAAUUUUUUGACACCGUAAUUGAAACAAAUCAGGCAGUUAAUUAUCCAACAGAAUUUUUGAAUUCAUUGGAACCAUCUGGUAUACCAACACACAAAUUAGAGUUAAAGAUCGGUGCACCUAUAAUGCUUUUGAGAAAUCUAGACCCACCAACUCUUUGCAAUGGAACAAGACUAAUUGUGAAGAAAUUGAUGCCAAAUGUUAUUGAAGCAAUCAUAUCUACAGGCCAAUCAGCUGGGAAAGAUGUCUUUAUCCCACGGAUUCCUCAUAUACCAUCAGAUGUCCCAUUCCAGUUUAAAAGAAUUCAAUUUCCAGUUAAACUGAGUUUUGGUAUGAGCAUUAACAAAUCUCAAGGCCAAUCUUUAAAAGUUGUUGGCUUAGAUUUACGAAGGCCUUGCUUUUCACACUGGCAACUAUAUGUUGGUUGCUCGAGAGUCGGUGAUAAUAAAAAUCUGCAUAUCCUUGCACCACAAGGAAAAACUAAGAACAUUGUAUACAGAGAAAUAUUAGAAGAAUAA